AUUUAGAAGAGCCAUCCCAAACCCUAGUUAACGACCCGAUUCGUUCAGCCCAUUUCGCCAGUCACAAUCUCAUUUUUUUGUCUGCGACCCGUCGUCACACUAGAGUCUCAACUCAAGUUUCAUAGCAGCACCGCCAACCCCAAUCGGCGAGCCAUGUCGGCCCUAAUACGCCGAUCGACUUCGAACCUCCCCUUCCGUGUUUGGACCAACCACCGUUUCCACACCUCAACAGCUCCACAUGUUAAGGACACCGGUCUCUAUGGUUUCCACCACUUGAAGACCCCCAAUGGCUUUCGACGCUUCGUCGACGAAGCCAUCGAGCGGUCCGGUGAACUCGUCAAUUACAUUUCUGGAAUGCCAUCACCUGCAGAAAUUAUCCGAGCCAUGGAUGAAAUAUCAGACACAGUCUGUUCAGUUGUGGACUCUGCUGAACUAUGUAGACAUACUCACCCUGACAGGGAAUUUGUUGUGGAGGCCAACAAGGCGGCAAUGAGAAUCAAUGAAUAUCUACAUUAUCUUAAUACAAACCAUACACUAUAUAAUGCGGUGAUAAAGGCAGACAAAGAUGGUAUUUUUCUUAGUAAAGAAGCUCAAAGAGCAGCCCAUUCACUUCGCAUUGACUUUGAGAAGGGUGGAAUUCAUCUCAGUACUGACAAACUGGAUCGAGUUAAUCUUCUAAACAUAGACAUUGGUCAAUUGUGUAGGGAGUUCAAUGAAAAUAUUAUCACUGACCCAGGUUAUGUGGAUAUAUUUCCGGCAUCACGUAUCCCAAAACAGUUGCACCAUCUUGUUAAGCCAAUUUAUCGUUCCACACCCAGUGCAUCUAGGGAAUCAUUAAAUUCAAGAGGUGCUAACAUGAAGGAAAAAGGAUUCCGGAUACUAACGGAGCCAAGUAAUUUGUCCUCUGUUCUACAGUGGGCAUCAGAUUCUGAGGUGAGGAAGAUGGCAUAUGUCCAAGGAAACUCUGUCCCUUCUGCAAACCUUGGUGUUCUUGAUAAGCUUGUUGCUUCUCGUCAUGAGACUGCUCAGAUAAUGGGGUACAAAUCUUAUGCUGAAUUUGCAGUACAACCAAAUAUGGCUUCAUCACCGGAGGUUGUAAUGUCCUUUUUGCUUGAGAUGAGUGAAAUGGUCAGGCCCAAAGCUGAUAAGGAGUUUAAGAGAAUUUGGGAUUUUAAGAGAGAGAAGAAUGGACAAAUAAAUGGUGACCUAGACCCUUGGGACGAAGCAUACUUCACAGGGUUGAUGAAGUCUUCUGCUUACAGCUUGGACUCCUUGGUUGUAGCUUCAUAUUUUCCUUUGACACAAUGUAUAGAGGGUUUGAAGGUGCUGGUUGAGUUAUUAUUUGGUGUGACAUUUCGUAGUAUCCCUCUUGCACCUGGGGAGUCAUGGCAUACGGAUGUGCUUAAAAUGUCCCUUUAUCACCCUGAAGAGGGUGACUUGGGUUACUUGUACCUUGAUUUGAACUCAAGAACAGGCAAGUAUCCUGGUUGUGCUCAUUUUGCCAUUAAAGGGGGGCGCCGCAUCUCUGAAACGGAAUACCAACUUCCUGUUGUAGCCCUUGUUUGCAAUUUUUCGGGUUCACGUAAUUCAGCUGCUGUGAGGCUUAACCACUGGGAAGUAGAAACUCUUUUUCAUGAGUUUGGACAUGCUCUUCACUCAUUGCUUUCACGGACGGAUUACCAGCACUUUUCAGGUACUAGGGUGGUUCUUGAUUUGGCUGAAACACCUUCAAACCUCUUUGAAUACUAUGCUUGGGAUUAUCGUGUCCUGAAGACAUUUGCGAGACAUUAUUCCACUGGGGAAGUAAUACCUGAGAAAUUGGUAGAGUCAAUGCAGGGAGCCAAAAAGAUGUUUGCGGCAACUGAGUUGCAACGUCAGAUUUUUUAUGCCUUAAUUGACCAAACACUUUUCGGGGAACAGCCAUCCUCACCAAUGGAUACAAUUUCGGUUGUUGCGGAUUUAAAAAGACGACAUACUAGUUGGAAGCAUGUGGAGGGUACACAUUGGCACACCCGCUUUAGUCACCUUCUCAACUACGGUGCAGGUUACUAUAGCUACUUAUAUGCCAAGUGCUUUGCGGCGACCAUAUGGCAAAAGAUAUGCCAGGAUGACCCUCUAUCAUUAGCCACAGGAUCUGCUCUUAGAACAAAAUUCUUGCAACAUGGUGGAGCCAAAGACCCGGCCUAUUUGUUGAAUGAUCUUUUAGGGGAUGGUAUUCUAAGUUACCGUGAUGGAGGUAUAGUUCCUGAUACUACAAGCCUUUGUCAUGAAAUGGAUCUGGUCAAAGAUUAGCAAAAGAUCUGCCCUUUUUAACUGAUUGUAUAAGGCUAGCAAAAACUGUGGAGAGGACGGAAAGAGGAGGAAUCAUCAGUGGCUGCUUCUUGAAGAGCUGAAGAAGCAGAUAUGAAGACUUUAGAGCGUUGUUGGGUUGUGGAAAUCACUGGGUGUCGUGCCUUUUGAUGAAAAGUGUACAAUUAUGUGAUGAGGAUUUAUACACAUUAAGCUUUCGAAUUGUUUUGCAGAGGAUGCAAGGUCCUUUUUGGUAGAGCGAGGGCUACAGCGGGAUGAUUUUUUAUUUUUUUGGGGGGGAAAAAAAAAAAGAAGAAAAAGAAUAGCUUCGAUUUGGUUGGUAGAGCAGAGGCUUGAAUUCAUUUUAAAUAUAUUUGUUGGUACCAAAAUUUUUAUCAACUGAAAAUUUUGUGAAGCUGGAUAUUUACUGAUUUGAUAGUUGGGUUCUCUCUCU